AUGGCAACUAUGUCACCAUCAUUUGAGAUAUCAUCAGUACCAUCUUAUUAUUUAUUUUCAAAUAUAGAAACUGAAAGAAAACGAUUAAUAUGUGUCGUUUGUGGAUCUAUUGCGCGUGGAUUUAAUUUUGGUGCAAUAACUUGUAUGAGUUGUAAAAUAUUUUUUCGUCGUAAUGCAUUUACAAAUUUCAAUAGUCUAUAUUGUCAUGCUGGUGGAAAUUGUGAAAUAAAUCAACAAACACGAAAAUGUUGUACAUAUUGUAGACUUUUGACUUGUUUUCGAGUUGGAAUGAAACGACAAUUAUUUCGUAUGAAAGAAAAUAAUAAUUUUAAAUGGUCUCAAAUUGAUAAACAACAAUGCAAAAAAGAAUUACGAUUUGUAUCACAUUUAUAUCAAAGAAUAUCAACUAAUCAACAUAUUUUAACAACAAAUCCAUUAUUUAUGAGAUCUUUGAAUUGUUUACCAUGGUCUGAUUGUUUUCAAUUAUCAAAUAAUGAUUGGUUAUUAUUAAAUCAAUUAUCAUUUGAUUUUGAUUGUCUUAAUAAUCAUAUUGUAUUAAAAGCUCAAGAAGUUCAUCAACAAUUGUUAUCGGUAGGAAUUCAGCCUCUUAAAAUGAGAGCUAAAGCUUCAUAUAUUUAUGAUAUGAUGAAUACUUUUGCUGACAUUGCAUUAAAAUUUGUUAAAUCUAUUCCACAAUUCAUUUCAUUACCAACUUGGAAUAAACAAAUCUUACUCAUACGUAAUACACAACCAUUGAUAAUGUUCUAUUCAUAUUAUCAAUCAAAUCUUAAAGCUAUACAAAGUCUAACUCAAACACCGUAUUGGAAAGCUUCAUUGGAAUUUAUUCUUUUACCUUCUACAAAAUGUUUGCAUAAUGAAAUUAAAUAUCAUAUAGGUCGUGUUUCAUUUGCUGAUCCAUAUUUAAUAAAAUUAAUUCUUGUUAUACUUGCUUUCUCAACAAAUAAUAUGGAUCAUGAUGAUAUGACAGUUAAUCGUCAAUUCGAUGAAUAUUAUCAUACAUUUAUACUUCAUAAUGUACAAAAUAUGUAUAUUGAACUUAUGUGGAAAUAUAUGAUGUAA